GAGAGAGAGAGAGAGCGCGCGCACGGGACAGGAGCAUACCGGUCGGACUUGGAAGUCGUGAGGAUGGAGAUCCGUCCGGACCGCUUUAAGGCUCAGGCAGGAAAAACCUUGGGGAAAAUACACAGGCUCCUUGAGAAACGGCAGCAGAAUGGCGAGACAAUCGAGCUGUCUGCGGAGGGUCGUCCUGAGCUGGUGGAGGAGAAGGAGCUUCCAGUCGUCGAUUGCACGUGUUUCGGGUUGCCGCGUCGUUACAUCAUCGCCAUCCUGUCAGGAUUGGGCUUCUGCAUCUCCUUUGGCAUCCGUUGUAACCUGGGCGUGGCCAUUGUCAGCAUGGUCAACGACCACACCAUUUACAAAGGAAAGAAACCUGUAAUUGUGGCUGCUCAGUUCACAUGGGACCCAGAGACAGUGGGGAUGAUUCAUGGCUCGUUCUUCUGGGGGUACAUCGUCACGCAAAUCCCUGGGGGAUUCAUCUGUCAGAAAUUUGCUGCCAACAGGGUGUUUGGCUUUGCCAUUGUGGCUACGUCGACGCUGAAUAUGCUGAUCCCAGCAGCAGCAAGAGCUCACUACGGGUGUGUUAUCAUGGUCAGGAUAUGCCAGGGGCUUGUGGAGGGCGUGUCAUAUCCUGCAUGCCAUGGGAUCUGGGCCAAAUGGGCACCGCCUCUUGAAAGAAGUCGAUUGGCUACAACAGCAUUCUGUGGUUCAUAUGCCGGUGCCGUUGUUGCAAUGCCUCUGGCUGGAGUCUUGGUCCAGUACACUGGCUGGUCCUCAGUGUUUUAUGUGUAUGGUAGUGUUGGGAUAUUCUGGUAUCUCUUUUGGAUUUUAGUGUCCUAUGAAAGUCCAGCUGCUCACCCAACCAUCUCACCAGAGGAGAGGAAAUACAUUGAAGAAGCCAUCGGGGAAUCUGCCGGCCUUGUAAACCCCCUGCAGAAAUUUAAGACUCCCUGGCGGCAUUUCUUUACCUCCAUGCCAGUGUAUGCCAUCAUCGUGGCCAACUUCUGCAGAAGCUGGACGUUCUACCUGCUCCUCAUCAGCCAGCCUGCGUACUUCGAGGAGGUGUUCGGCUUUGAAAUCAGCAAGGUGGGGAUGGUGUCUGCACUUCCUCAUUUAGUGAUGACCAUAAUUGUGCCAAUUGGGGGGCAACUUGCAGACUACCUGAGAUCACACAAGAUAAUGACCACAACAAAUGUCCGCAAACUUAUGAACUGUGGAGGGUUUGGAAUGGAGGCAACUCUACUCUUGGUUGUUGGUUUCUCACAUACCAAAGUAAUGGCCAUCUCUUUCCUUGUACUGGCCGUUGGGUUCAGUGGAUUUGCAAUUUCAGGGUUUAAUGUGAAUCAUCUUGACAUUGCCCCACGCUAUGCUAGUAUUCUGAUGGGAAUCUCCAAUGGAGUGGGAACUUUGUCAGGAAUGGUCUGUCCUCUCAUAGUUGGAGCCAUGACCAAACAUAAGACACGUAAGGAGUGGCAGUAUGUCUUCCUCAUUGCAUCGCUGGUGCAUUAUGGGGGUGUUAUCUUUUAUGGCCUGUUUGCAUCAGGUGAGAAGCAGCCAUGGGCAGAUGCUGAGGACACCAGUGAGGAAAAGUGUGGCAUUCUGGGAGAGGAUGAGCUUGCCAAUGAAACAGAAGAGUUGUACAAGACUGGGGGACAAUAUGGAACUAUAAACAAUCCGCAUACUAGUGGUCCAAAUGGGGGCGGAGCUGGCGGUGGGGCAGAAUGGGUAUCAGAUUGGGAUAAAACUGAAGAAUAUGUUCAACCAGUCGGGAGAAAUAGUUAUCUAUAUGGAGGAGAAGAAGAGAGAGAGCUCACAUAAUGCAGAAGAGGGAUGUUAACAGGUGUAGAUCAUUAAAAAGGGUCAAUCUAAGAGUGACAGGAAUAAAAUCUGGAGUAAGUAAAUAGAUUUAUGAGUGAGUGAGUGAUUGAGCGCAUAAGAUUAGGUGAUGAUUGUUCUGUGCUAUUUUAUACAGAGGGUUGUUAUUUGUGUGUCAGAUGGAGAAUACGGUGGCGCUCUGUGAAUUAAAUGUUCAGUAUUUUGGUAGGGUGACCAGACAUCCACGUUUUCCUGGGACAGUCCCGGUUUUUGGUGGCCUGUCCCCAACUAGAGCUGUCCCCGGAAAUGUCCCCGUUUUUCCCGAGCGUUCAAGACAGUGUUUGUAGUGAAAUAUUGCAUUGCACGAAAGCCCGAGCAGAAAAGCCUACCUUGUGUAUUUUCUUUUUUUUUACCAACAGAGGGGGCUGCUCGCUAUAGCAGCUUCAAUUCAUUCAUCUUCCUUUACUGAUUCCUUGGUCAGGCCAGUUUUGCCAUGAAGAACUGGACCAGACAACUAAAGAGAAUUAUCAUCAUUGUUAUAAUCAUUCAAAGUAAGGCAAAUUAUAUAGUUAUGUAUUUUUUAACAGGUUCUGAAUUUGGUGCAGGAUUUUAUAGCACAGUAUAAAAUGUUCCUGAAAGUUUGGCCUUCAUAAUGCAGGAAUUCUCACACAGACCGCACAAACUAUAACAUGCUGGUGAAAAAACUAAUCCCCUCAGAUGAACAAAUAAAAUCACAAAUUUUAUUUUAAAUCAGUGUGUGUUGUGUAUAUCAGCGCUAUCACCCCCCCAUCCCCUCUCCCUCCCUCUCGCACUAGUAAUAUUCACACACUGACUAAAGGAUACACCUUCUCACAUAUUUACUCAUUUGUUGUUUUAACAUAUACUCAAAAUAAAUGUAAAAUAAGAAUAUGACCGUAAUAACAUGGAAAAAUAAAAAUGUAUAAUGAAAUAUCUGCAAAGAUAUGCACAGUAAGUCAGUACAUUACAGCAUAGAUUUGCAGCUUGCAUGGAAAAAAGUGAAAAGCAGCACCAUAAUACAUAAGACUUGAUCAAAAUAAAAGGAAGUAAUUAAGAAAAACAUGUCCAUUUGAGAUAUGCAAACAGUUAGGUAAAAUAGUAUUAUUAUUAUUAUUAUUAUUAUUAUUAUACAAUAUUGCUAAAUUGCUAAUGCUAAAUGUUUGCAUUCUUCACUGCAUUCCAUGAAAUGAUGAAGAUGCUCAAAGGGCAGGACCCCUGUGCUGUGGAGUCAGCUGCAAUAGUUCCUCUUUGCUUAUACAUGUUUGUUUAGUUCACUUUUAUGCCACAAUGUCAUCUGUACAGCAUAAAAAAGAAAGAACUCAUUGAAGAUGAAAUGGAAGACCACUAAAUAUUAUCAAAUUUACCUCCGUGUUUGAAUGAGACAUAGGCUAGAGUAUUCAAUAAAGCAUAAUAUACCACACGGUAAAAAAUAUUUCCAUGAUUUGUUAACUUAUAUUUUUGACAGAUCAACUUAGAUUUACUUAUUUGUUUAGAUAACAUAAGAAUCUGUGUUUUUAUUGAGUAAACUAAUGGCACAAUGGCAAUGCACUUUUUUUACACUGAUAUGUAAAAAAAAAAAAAAAAAGUUAAUUCCACUAAUUGUUAGUUUACUAGAUCUUUUUAUUCAAAUUAUUAUUUAUUGUAUUUUAUUUUAUUAUAAAAUUGAGUUUAAAUGAACUCAAAAUAUUAAGGCAACCAGGUUACUUGCUUUUUAAGUUUAACCAAAAUAAUUUCUUACAGUGCAUAGUUCAGCACAUUACCAUGGUCAAAAUAAAAUCAGAUUUGUCCCCUUUUUAAGUAAUAAAUCAUAUGAAAUUUCAAUGACCUAUUGACAACUGAAAUUGAAAUGUCCUUGUUUUUUAUUUCAGAAAUCUGGUCACCUUAAUUUUAGGCUUCCUGUCAAAAUCACUGUAAUGCACUUAAAAUGACACAUUGAUGUUAGACAUAUUCAUGGUUGUUGUGUAAGUGUGAGCUUUUAUGUGUGUGGAAAUGUGAGUAUAUGUAUGUGAUUCCUUACUGUGCUCAGUUCCUCUUGUUUUGACCAGUGCUUUAAAUGGUAAAUGGGUGCAAGUAAACCUAUGGAUGUGUAUACAUUUAUUUGGUCAUACAUUUGUGCACUUAUACAAUGUAUACGUAUAAUAUGCGUGUGUGUGUAUGUGUGUGAGUGAGUUUAAAUGACCCACUUCCUCAUCGCUGGGUCCGUGCACAGCAAACAAGUUUUAUUUCUCUCACAUACACAUUUUUACAUGCUUACAUGAAGUACAUAAACACACUCUGUCAAUAUAUCUGUUGGUGAGUCGGUUUUUAUGCAUGUUGAAAUUCAUGUAUAUACUGCCAGGCUAACCCCAAAUGUAUUGUCACGCACAGACAAAAACAGAAAUUUACAAAAUGCAAGGUGACUUCACAAGGUAUAAGUGCUGAAAUUCAAAAGAUUCUGCAAUUCUAGAAAAGAGUGGAUUUUGAUGAUGUUGUAAUCUGUGAAAUAUGUAGAUUUUCUCUCAUCAUCUACAUCCCUUUAGAGACUUUUCAAUCACAGUGCAAUAUGAGUUUAGGAAACCAUUAGGGCACAGAGAGAGGAUAAUGGUAAUUUGUGGCUUUCUGUCCCAUAAUUUGUUGUUAUGUGUUUUGUGUUUGUAUUUUGUUUCAGCGCUGCUAUCCUAAAUUAGUUUGUUCUUAUUUAUUUCCUAAAUGCAACUUGUAAACAAAAUGUAAACAACAACAAAAGUGAUAUUUCCCAUGGGAGAAAAAAAUGUAAUAGGCUACCAUUAUUUUGAAAAUGUGUACAAAGUGUAUAUGUGAAAUUCCCUGUGUACAAUA